AUGGCGGGGGGGUCCUCUGAGCUCUGGAGGGAGGGGAGGGGGGGCCGGGACAACAAUAACAGGACUGUUAGCAUCAGCCAUCGCCCCCACCCACACUUCAGCCCUUUUCCUUUCACCUCCACACUUUUCUGUCAAGAUGAGGGUUUCCUUUCCACUCACACCAACACACCGAAACGCCGACACGAUUCCAGGGAUGAGCAAAAACUAAAGGGAGUGAUCCGCUGUGUGUGUGUUUGUGUGUGUGUGUGUGUGUGUGUGUUUGUGUGUCACCUGUCGGAGGUUAGGGUUGUGAGAGAGGGGACCGGUGUCGUGUUUUGA